UCGAAAGAAAAGAAACAUCAACAAACACCCCUGUUCUACCACAGAAAGCUCAUACAUCAACAGACACAGAAGCUCUAUUCGAAAGAAAAGAAACAUCAACAAACACCCCUGUUCUACCACAGAAAGCUCAUACAUCAACAGACACAAAAGCUCUAUUUGAAAGAAAAGACACACCAACAAACACCCCUGUUCUACCACAGAAAGCUCAUACAUCAACAGACACAGAAGCUCUAUUCGAAAGAAAAGAAACAUCAACAAACACCCCUGUUCUACCAAAGAAAGCUCAUGCAUCAACAGACACAAAAGCUCUAUUCGAUAGAAAAGAAACAUCAACAAACACGCCUGUACUACCACAGAAAGUCCAUACAUCAACAGACACAGAAGCUCUAUUUGAAAGAAAAGAAACAUCAACAAACACCCCUGUUCUACCAAAGAAAGCUCAUAUAUCAACAGACACAGAAGCUCUAUUUGAAAGAAAAGAAACAUCAACAAACACCCCUGUUCUACCACAGAAAGUCCACACAUCAACAGACACAGAAGCUCUGUUCGAAAGAAAAGAAACAUCAACAAACACGCCUGUUCUACCACAGACAGCUAAUACAUCAACAGGUACAGAAGCCCUAUUCGAAAGAAAAGAAACAUCAACAAACACCCCUGUUCUACCAAAGAAUGCUCAU